UCGCAGCAGUCCGACGGUUCUCAGACCGCGGCUGACAUUCUCCGCGAUCAGAUGCAGCUCGAAGCCGAUGCGCGCGAAGCACUGCCAUACAGCAUUGAACACUGUACCAAAGAGCUCGGUCCCCUCCGUCAGAGCGUGUUCUCCUGCCUCACCUGCAACCCUCCCCCAAAGAACCCGACCGACCCAUACAAUGCUGCUGGUAUCUGCUACGCAUGCUCCGUGCAGUGCCACGGCGAGCACCAGCUAGUCGAGAUAUUCACCAAGCGCAAUUUUACGUGUGACUGCGGCACGAAGCGCCUACCCUCGACGAGCCCAUGCACCUUGCGCCUGAAUCCACUGACCAACACCCUUGGCGGCGUGCACUCGGAGGAGCCCAGCGCGACAAACAAGUACAACCAGAACUUCCGCAAUCGCUUCUGCGCGUGCGAGUGUGAUUAUGACCCGUUCCAGCAGAAAGGGACGAUGUUCCAGUGCCUGGGGCUGGGCACGCAUGAAACAGGAGGCUGUGGCGAGGACUGGUUCCACCCUGGCUGUGUUGUAGGCCUUGGUCCGGAUUGGAUGGAGAAGACGGAGGGCAAAAAUAUUCAGAAGGCUGCGACAGUCGAAGACGGGGCGCUGCCGCCAAUUUCUGAAGACGCAGAGACAAGCGCGCCAAAUGGCAACGGUACAUCAGGCAAUGGGAAUGAGGCCGCCGAAGACGGGGACGAUGAGCCUAAUCCGCCAGGAUUCCCCAAAGACGACGAGUUCGAAACUUUUAUCUGCUUCAAAUGUGUCGACGCACACCCCUGGAUCAAGCGCUACGCCGGGGCGUCCGGUUUCCUUCCGCCAGUGUUUUAUAAGACGAAGAAUGAUACAGAGCAGCAGACUGCUGUCGACGAUGCUGCUGAUGAGUCCAAUUCGAAGAAGCGCAAGGUCGACGACGAUGAGCCUGGUGGUUUUCAAGUGCCAAAGAGGCUCAAGAACGAGGCGAACGGUGCUGACAUUCCCGAGACCUGCAAAGCCGACACACUGCCGCCUGCGCCCAAGGGAAGCUUCUCUAUCUUCUGCACAGAGUCGUUUAGAGACCGAUUCUGCCGGUGUGAGAAGUGCUUUCCAGCCCUGGCGGCGCACGCACAGCUGCUCGAGGAAGAAGAGAUCUACGAACCGCCCAUCUCAGAGGAGGGCUCUGAGAAUGGUGGCUCGACGCACGGCAGCGGUAGCCUGUACGAGCGCGGUGAGAGUGCUCUACGCAACGUAGACCGCGUACGCGCCAUCGAGGGCGUCAUGGCAUACAACCAGCUCAAGGACAAGCUGAAGCCCUUCUUCCAGCAGUUUGCGGAAAGUGGCCAGGCCAUCUCUGCAGAGGACAUCAAGGAGUAUUUUGCCAAGCUGCGUGGUGACGAUGAGGCGAUCAAGGAGGCCGGUGAUAGUGCCAAAUCA